CUGAGUACGAUUGCACCCAAAGCCAUACUUCGGGGAUUUCAGAGUGUCUCUCAUUUUUAAAGUUGAGACCUUUCAGCUUCGCUAUUCGCCGCACUUUAUCCCCUGUGGCAAGCUUCUUCUUCGUCUGGGUUUUGAUAUUUUUGGGGGCACUCUGUUAUGAUCUAGGGAACUCCUUUGUUAUCCUCUACUGAGAAAUGUAAAACAACUUUAGAUUUAGGGUUUUUUUUUUUUUUUUGUGAAACAGAGUUUGCGACUAGAGAAAUAGGGUAAAAUCAAUGAGGCCUAGGUCAUUGGUCAGCCCCUAAAUCAUCCUUCUCUUCUUACUCUUCUAGCGCAUCAUUUUGCCAUUCGAGAACACCCAAGAAGCACUAAGGAACUACGAGUGUAUCUCCAAACAAUCAAACUGCUCAAACCGUAGACUUUGUGCUCCUUUGGCCACUAGCUCAAACUUUGAGAUUUCAGAGCAUUGUUUUUCAAAUGGACCAUAUCAGUCAGCUUUCAGAUGAUUUGCUCUUGCGGAUUUUGUCAUGUCUUCCGACAAGAAAUGUUGUGGCCACAAGUCUUUUGUCCCAAAGAUGGCGGUUUCUUUGGACGUUAGUGCCACAACUUCGAUUCGACGAUACCAAUCAUAAUGGUGACUAUAAGAGCUUCUCUCAGUUUGUUUACAGGUAUUUGCUAUCAAAUAAGGCACCUGUUCUACAGCAAUUGCAUCUGAAUCUUGGCUCUCACUGUCCUGCUAUAGACAUUAGACUAUGGAUUGAUAUUGCAGUUAGUCGCCUUGUGAUUGAGCUGGAAAUUAAUAUUCGUUCUUCCAAGGACGUGUCUGUUACUUUACCGAGUAGCCUAUACACCUCUAAUACACUAGAGACCUUGAGUCUCAUCAAUUACGUUCUUUUGGAUGUUCCUUCUUCAGUUCGUCUCCCGUCUCUCAAAGUUCUGCACCUAACGAGUGUUGAUUACGUAGACGAUGUAUCUCUUCCAAGUCUUUUAUCUGGCUGUCCAAAUCUUGAAGAAUUGUGUUUGGGGCGACAUGAGGAAGACUCUGUAAUGGAUGUCACUGUCGUGGUGCCUUCCUUACAACGGUUAACUAUGGUCGACACAAAUGAUGUUAGUCGUAGUCGAUAUGUGAUAGAUGCCCCUUGUUUGAAGUACCUUAACAUCGUAGAUGAAGCACUUUACAAGUCCCGUCAAAUUGAGAACAUGCCUGAAUUGGUCGAGGCAAAUAUUGCGAUUACUAGAGGAGUUACUCAGAAGUUUCUGAGGGCUCUUACUUCUGUCCGACAUCUUUCUCUAUGUUUAUCAAUUUCAAAGGUUAGGUGUCCUUCUGGUAUGAUUUUCAAUCAGCUUGUUCAUCUGAGUUUGUAUACAUUUGCUAAAGGUUGGUGGGAUCUUCUUACUUGUAUGCUCCAAGAUUCCCCAAAACUAAGAUUUCUCAAACUCAUUGAUAAACAUGAUUCUGGUCUUUGUGGAAAAGAAACCCCAAUUGGUUGGAAGCUGCCGAGUUCUGUCCCCGAGUGUAUUUUAUUUAGUCUUGAGGCAUUUGAGUGGAUUGGGUACAAAGGGAGACGAGGAGAUAGAGAGAUGGCAACAUAUGUCCUAAAGAAUGCUGCUUGUUUGAGGACAGCAACGUUUACUCCAGAAUCUACUGAUGUGGAAGAAAAGUAUCGUAUGCUCAAGGAGUUGGCAUCAGUACCUACAGCUUCAACUUCGUCUCAGCUUCUAUUCGACUGAAUAAUAUAACAUUUAGUUUUUGGUAGUAUCUCUUUUAUUUCAUGGUUGUGUUUAGUUUUUGGUCAAGACUGGUUUAACAAAAAAAAAAAAGGCAUGAUGAGCCAUGUCAAACCCACCUUGCUUCUCCUCUCUGCCUCAAACUUGAAAGUCUGGAUAUGAACGGUUUAUUUUUUUUCAA